UUGUAUUGUCGGAUCGUGUAAGAGUGGGUUAUCCUUUUCUUGCAUUGGUUUUUUGCAAUUUACAAGAUGCGUAUGCCGGCGAAAAACUGUGCAAUAUUCGCGAUGAAAUAAAAUAAAAUCAAACUGCAUGCAUUUGAUGUUUGGGAGUACGCCGUGCAUCGUCCUGUUUCCUUAUCCGGGGUUCACCAAGGACCCCCUCUAUUGGAUACUGGUGUCACGUGGCUUCUUAACUUUGUUCACUUGACAGAAAGUAGGAGGGUUUACGAAACAGGAAAACGAGUAAAGGGUUAGAAAUAAAUUUUAGUGUAUUUGUGUGUGUGUGUGUGCAAUUCAAAGAAAUUAAUGGCCAUGAGUUCAUUUUUGAUCAACCCCAAUUAUGUGGACCCGAAGUUUCCACCGUGCGAGGAAUAUUCCCAGAAUGAUUACCUACCAAGCCACUCUCCGGAGUACUACAGCAGCCAGAGGCGAGACGCGGCUCUCCAACAUGAAGCGAUGUUCCACCAGCGGUCAGCUUGCACGGAUCAACCCUUCUCCUCCUGCCAAGGUCCCGCGAAGCCUGUCGUAGUGCUCUCGUCCCCUCGGAGUCACGUCCAGCUGCAGCCCGGGCUGCAGAACCUGCUUCCCGAGCCUAACCACCACUGUGAGUCGGUCACCCCAAGCCCACCACCCGCUUGUAGCCAAAACUCUGUGAACCAAAUCACUUCUUCUCCCACCAGUUCUUGCAAGGAGCCCGUAGUUUACCCGUGGAUGAAAAAGGUCCAUGUCAACAUCGUGAACCCAAACUACACAGGGGGGGAGCCCAAGCGCUCACGGACCGCAUACACCAGGCAGCAGGCUCUGGAGCUGGAGAAGGAGUUUCACUACAAUCGGUACCUGACCCGGAGACGCAGAGUGGAGAUCGCGCACACGCUGUGCCUCUCCGAGCGUCAGAUCAAAAUCUGGUUCCAGAACCGGAGAAUGAAAUGGAAAAAAGACCACAAGCUCCCCAACACCAAAAUCAGGUCCGGCGCCAACCCGUCCAACACAAACUCAGCAGGGGGCCAAGGAAGCACCCAGAACCGCACCAAUGGACCUCUGCCCAGCCUCUAGCCCCAAAACGCGUUAAAUCGGAAACACCAUGAAGGGCACAUUCACACCCGUUCUCGUUCAUGGAAGGGAAUACCACACCGAAGCAGAUACAAAAAGAAAAUGGA